GAGAAGAAGUGGACGCUCAUCUACAACGACGCGUACCUGCGGUGGAAGAACGCGCGCGAGAAGCUCACGCACCGCCCGGUCGAGGCGAGGAGCGCUCCCGCCAACGAGAGCCCCGAGUGGUACAUCGGCCGGUUCAUGAACGGCUCGAUCACGCAGCAGCAGGUGGCCAGCCUCGGCGUGUGCUUGCGCACCUACGAGCUCAAAUGGCUCCAGACGUUCAUCGCGCUCAAGGGCCAGGCCGUCCUCGGCAACGCGCUGCACAACAUCAACAAGGCCGACAAUUCGGACCGCAAGCCCGACACGGCGAUGGAGGCCGAGAUCAUCAAGUGCCUGCGCCAGCUCUUCAACCACGAGGACGGCGCACGAGACGCGCUCGACAACAACACGUCCAUCUCGCCCAUCACGGCGUCGCUCGCGAGCGAGAUCCCGACCCGCAAGAGCGUCAUCGAGCUCCUCACCUUCUUCGUCAUGCGCGACCGCAUUCGCGGCUUCAAUCUCGUCCUCAAGGGCCUCGACGACUUUUCCUCGUCGCGUCGGCUGCCGGGCAAGUUCGACGGCUGGUUCUUCUUCUGGGAGGCGGCCAUCGACGGGCGAGGGCGGUUCGGGAGCGCCGUCGGCGCGAGCGACGCCAUC